UUAUAUCAUUUAUAAGGCGACAACUAUUUUAAUUAUAAGUUGUGCUCUCCUAUGUAUGUAGGAUCAUUUACUACUUUCCCACUGAAUAUAAUCUAAAAUAAAUGGGCAUUGAUAAAAUAGGAUGUCUAAUAAUUGUAGUGAUAAAAAUGAAUAACUUCAAUUAUUUUGAAUUACUAAUGUUAAAUUCGGCAGUAGAACAAGAAGAUAUUAAUUUCAAAAUACUGUUAACCUGAGAAGAGGACAAAAUUUUUAUUGCCAAUAUUAAUGGGUCAAUUCUUAAAGGGUUAUACUAUUAUUAAGGAAAUAAAGCGUUAUCUAGAAGAUUUAUUAAUAUGAGAAGAAGACUCAAUCGUAAUGAAAUCAAGGAAAAUCAUAAUUGAGAACAAAAAAAGUAUAGAAUAU